AUCACCAUCAAGUAGCAAUGCCUGAUGCAACGCCUGCGCCUUUAGUGUAUUGACCUGCCGUGACAUCACACAUUCCAAGGUUCUAUCGGGCUCGGGGAACGCUGUAGGUCGUGCCUCUGCUCCUCAUACUUGAUCUGUCUGAAUAGCAUAAAUUCCGGUAUAGGGAGAUGGUAGUGGCGGUAGCGGCGGAGGAGGCGAGGGUGCCAGCGCCCCUCCCUGGUAUCCUGAAGGAGUACACCAAGGCCGCCAUCCGCACCCAACCUCGAGACCUCCUGGCAUGGUCCGCCGCCUACUUCAAAGCCUUGACCGAGGGCAAGAUCCUGCCUGUGAAGGAUAGGCUGGAGUUCCCUAUCCCUGAGUCGGAGAGUGGCAUAUCCCCGGGGGUCCUCCGCGUUCUCCAGCGUCAGCUGGGUGGUGAAGAGGGUGUGCAGUGGGAUCAGCUAAAUGAGUGCUGUGAGGCCAUGGGGGUGGCGGAGGAGACAGCUCAAGAUGCCUGGCACAGUGCAGGUGGUGGUGAUGGCAGCUCACUUCCAUGGGACCAUAUUCUUUCACACAUGGCAGCCCUUUCUUCCCAUUCAACAUUGGAAGCUUUGCAGCUUGUGAUGUCUGCCAUUACUGAGGACCCAGUCAAUAGAAAAGUGAACUGUGCUGAACUACUGGACCACUAUCAUCGCAUCCACACCCGCAUCAACAUCACUCCGACUGACCAGUACUUAGAGGCAGUUGCUUACUUGAAUGAUCUGGCCAAUUAUCAGGAUGGUUUCAUAACUCCCAGGGACCUUACUAGACCAUCUUGUCCUCCACUCUGAGAUGUUUCUAGUACUUACUUUUCUGUGCUUUUUAUGUACUAGAGGAUGUAAAUCUCUAGCUUGUCAUAACUAUAUUAAUUUAUAUUAUGUCCAUACAUGGGAACACAGCUAUCAAGGAAAUAAUUGUGCCUUUAUGCAUGUGUGUAUAACUUUAGGAAUUAGGAUAUCACAGUUAUUACAAAGUCUGCUGCCAGCUCAUGAAUGUUCAAAAAAAAAAAAAAAAAAAAAAAAAAAAAAAAAAAAAAAAAUUAGAAGUAAAAGCAUUUUUCGACACUUAAAUGAUGCAAUGCAAUUUUUCUACUUUCUCUUCAUAAGUAAUACUUCACUGGCACUCAUUUCAUAGCAUCAGAUGAUAAUAAAUUCAACAAGUCAAUUUUUCCUUGUGCAAGCACUGUCAACUCCUCCACGACUUUCACCUGAAUGUGCCUCUAGCUGCCUUGGAGGCACAAACUUCAAGCCACAAAGUCAAUCCAGUGAGUAGCUAGCAUUGUCUGACAAUUUGCCAUUGAUGACUGUAUUAAUGAUUUGUCUCUGUGUAAGGUGACACUUGGUGAAUCAGUGGCAACCAUGUUAAGGAAAUUAUGACUACUCACCAAAACAUCAACUUUAUGGUAGCUGGUGAAUUUGCCUGGGAACAAUACUGUGCUAAAAUUGUUUUCUUUAUGCCAAAGGAAAACUUAGCAAUAAAGUUAUCUAUACUCUUACGUACAAGAAAAAUCCACUCUACUUGUAAUGCAAAUUGUUAAAAUCAUGAUUGUAUAAGAAUACUUAAAAAAACUGUGUAGCUAUUUGGGUUGGUAAAAAUAAACUGCAAAGUUAGAGUUAAAGGUUA